AUGUUGGAAUUCACAGCCGUACAAGUGUGGUUUCCAUACACCCUUGCUACCUCAGCGGAUGCUUUUUAUAUAAAUCUUUCCGGAUCGUCGCCUACACGAACAAGUGGUUGUCUUUACCUUGUUUCUGAUACUGGUAAUAAAAUGAUAUUUAACACCAAUACGCCAAACACUAGUUUAUUUGGGACUGCUCGUCUCACACUAAACUUUGGUAAUGUUUAUAUCAAAGCAUCUAAUGCACUUAAUGAAGUAACUGCUAACUAUGAUAUGCCGAUUUUCAUGGAAUCGUCAAACGCAUCACCUAUUGGGUUUGGAUUACAGUUGAGCAAUGCAACUAAUGCAACUUCCACCAACUCGGCAUAUUUUGGAACUACUACUACCAACGAUUUGGUCUUGAUGACCGGUAAUACACGAAGACUUACAAUAACAUCUGCUGGUAGAGUUGGCAUCGGGACUGGAUCACCAAAGGCCCCUUUGCGAGUAGCUCAAUCCAACUACAAUUUCGUAUAG